AUGGGCACGAAAUUAAUCCUAGAUUUGGUGGACAUGGGAUUGAAAACCACAGUCAUGGGCAUACUCCUGGAUUUGGCGGACAUGGGGCUGGACAUGAUGGUAUUGGAAGUCAUCAUUUUGGAAGUGUUUCUGGAGCAUAUGGACAUGAACAUGGAAACGUCGGCACCGAGUUUGUCCAAACACGUCCUGGAGUAUAUCAGCGUUCGAUGGGCCAUCAUUUCGAUCACGGUCACCAUCCCUGAGGAACACGUUUCCAACGACACCAUCAACACCACCAUCAUCACCACCAUCAUACACACCGCCAUCAGCACCAACAUCAUCAUCAUCACCAUUCACACUACAAUCGUUGCCAACAUUCACACCAACAUCUACACCACCAUCAGCACCUUCCACAUUACCAGCCUCACCACCAUCAGCCCAACCAUCCACACCACCAUCAGCCCAACCAUCCACACCACCAUCAGCCCAACCAUCCACACCACCAUUAGCCCAACCAUCCACACCACCAUCAGACCAACCAUCCACACCACCAUCAGCCCAACCAUCCACACCACCAUCAGCACCUUCCACAUUACCAGCCUCACCACCAUCAGCCCAACCAUCCACACCACCAUCAGCCCAACCAUCCACACCACCAUCAGACCAACCAUCCACACCACCAUCAGCCCAACCAUCCACACCACCAUUAGCCCAUCCACACCACCAUCAGCCCAACCAUCCACACCACCAUCAGACCAACCAUCCACACCACCAUCAGACCAACCAUACACACCAACAUCAGACCAACCAUCCACACCACCAUCAGACCAACCAUCCACACCAUCCACCAUCAUUAGCCCAACCAUCCACACACCAUUAGCUCCAACCAUCCACACCACCAUCAGACCAACCAUCAACGGCACCACCAGCCCAGCCAUCCAUCCACCAUCAGCCCAACCAUCCACACCACCAUCAGACCAACCAUCCACACCACCAUCAGACCAACCAUACACACCACCAUCAGACCAACCAUCCACACCACCAUCAGACCAACCAUCCACACCAUCCACACCACCAUUAGCCCAACCAUCCACACCACCAUUAGCCCAACCAUCCACACCACCAUCAGACCAACCAUCAACGACAGUCAGCACCACCAUCAACACCAACACCACAGUCAGCACCACCAUCAACACCAACACCACAGUCAGCACCACCAUCAACACCACCAUCAAUCAAGUACUAUCAACCAUGAAAACAACAGUGAUUGUCGCCCUUUGUCUUAUUGCCAUAACUACCUGUGACGCCUUCCUCGGUCUGCGCCGUCCAAUGAUGCUCCCCGGAAUGCUCAGAUCUCGUCGCCUGGGCAUGGGUAGACAUCGCGGUGGCUACGGUUUCGACGGUGGCUACGACGGUGGUUAUGACGGUGGUAAUGACGGCUACGACAAUGGAUACGGCCGAAUGGGAGGCCGACGACAAUAUGGAGGCUAUGGAAAUGAUGGUUACGGAGACUAUGGUCGUGACUCCCCUGACUUCGGUGACUAUGGUACGCACGCGUUAUUUUCAACAUCAACAUCAGCAUCAACAUCAACAUCAACAUCACCUUUGGCUUUAGUUCCACAUGAAUCUGAUACAUCUUGA